AUGAUGAAAACUCGCUCAGUGGCUGCUGCAGCUUCCGAGUGUAGCACAACUCCUUCAGACGUAGUUAUGACCCGCGUCACUUCAAACGGGUUUAGUGCUGCUAACAGCACCGUCCCAGCGACCCAGCUGGCUUUCAAUACCAGCCAUAUCGUCAUACUGGAAGAGCUUCUGACUAUGCGACGGACGCUCGAGGGUAUAUCUCGUCGUCAAGAAGCCAAUGACGAGACCGUCAAAGCCAGUGAAAUGAGAAUACAGGAACUGCAGCCCAUGCCUAAACGACUUGACGACAUUGGCUCUGAACUGAACAACCAAUACUCCUUAGCCGAGGACAGGAUUCGCAGACAAGAGGCGGAUCUCAGGAUCCUGGCCGACAAAUUAGUUCGGAGUGAUGAGGAAAGAUUCGACCUGGCACGCAAGGUAGAGCAGCUUUCUACCAAGAUCUCUCUUCAGGCCACGCAACCAGACUCUCAGGAUCUUUCCCCGACUCGGGUUGCGACCAAGCGGAAAAAGGAAUCUGUACCGUUGGCAUCCGAAUCUGACAAGCGGCCGAUGCCACACGCAGUUAUUUCCGACGGACCAAGCACUGCGGCCAACCCUCUGCCGACGAGAGCACACAAAAAGCUGAAGGUCGAAUCUCUCAAGGUAUCCAAACGCAAAAUCUCGGGUUUCCGGAAAUAUGUACAGGCUUCCAAAAGUAGCUAUCGAAAGGCACCGCCUAAGAACGGUAGCGACAUGAAGAGAUUCAUCAAUCGAUUCAUCGAGGGUAUCGAGGACAAGACGAUUUCUGAAAGGUUGCAAAAACGUCUCCUGAAGCGCUUCCAAUCGGUGAUCCGGGAGUCGAAGUCCAAAAGAGGACCGCGCAGUAUUGUAAUCAAAGGGAACUUGCAUUGGGAUGAGAUUUGCCCGCUUCUGGACCCUGCCAGCUUUUCAGAGGACGAGUACGAUGAGGAGGACUGA